ACAUACACACACCAGCGACCGACGGUAUUCGUGAGCCGCGAGUAGUCGCACACCGAAUCGCACGUGAGGUGAACCACCUUGCUCGCUCACGAGGGCUUCAUAACGCGCGAUUGAGUACCUGUCUGUAAAAAAAAAUGUCCAACACCUUUUUGUAUUUCGCUUACGGGAGCAAUCUGCUGGCCAAGAGGAUACGGUUAAAUAACCCGACCGCUGUAGUGAGGGACGUUGGUUACAUAAAGAAUUUCAGAUUGGAUUUUAACAGGUACUCGAAACGAUGGCGCGGAACGUCGGCGACGAUCGUAGAGACGGAAAAUUCCACCGUGUGGGGUGUAGUCUGGCAACUGGACAAGUGCAACUUAUCUACGUUGGAUUGCCAGGAAGGUGUUCAAGAUAACAUAUAUCACGCGAUGUCGGUAAACGUCGAGACUUGCGAUGGUGCGACACUAGAAUGUCGGGUGUACCAGCAGUGCGACAAUCCAAAGGAGCGCGUGCAACCGGUGGAUCUUCCGAUGGACAGAAGGCCUUCACCGUUGUAUUUGGAUAUGAUAGUAAAAGGGGCGGAAGAGAACAAUCUACCUGCCAGUUACAUAAAAUUCCUGAAAACCAUUCCGCACAAUGGAUACGAAGGGGAAUACGACAUCAGCCUUUCUCUGACUGAAGAUUGAUCUGUGAUACAUCCUUAUUCCUUGUGUGCUGUUGAUACGACGGUUCGAGGCUCACGUGGUCGAACGCUGUCUGCGUCGUCAUCGCGUCUAACGUGCAUCGCGGAAUCUUCAGUUUCAUAAUCUGGCGGUUGUUUACCUAAGUACAUCAUGCUACGUAAGUGUAUACGACACAAAUCGGCGAUUGAGAAUAAAAAUAAUUUUGUAAUUUACGUGAAGCGUACUGGGAAAUCCAACAUGUAAUAAAGUUUAUACGUAAAG